AUGGCUGAAGGUAACCGGCUUUUGGUUUGGAGUUUCAUCUUGUUGGCACACCCAGUGCAUGGCUGCCCUGACAAAUGCCUCUGCUACACAGCCUCCAAGACUGCAGACUGCAAGAACAGAGGAUUUACUGAAAUUCCUGCCCGUUUACCUCCUGAAAUUCAGAUACUACAGUUGCAGAACAACCGUAUCUGGAGAAUCAACCAAAAUGCAUUCACUGCAACGCCGUUACUCAAAAUCUUAGACUUGUCUAAUAAUUCCCUCUCAAGUGUGGCACCUGGUGCUUUCCAAAAACUAAGGUAUCUACAAGUUUUAAACCUAACCAGAAAUAUGAUUCAUUAUAUAGAAAACAAGACUUUCAGUUUCCUCCCACACCUAAAAGAGCUGGACUUGUCGUCCAACAGCAUUAUUCGAUUGCCUGAGACGUUUGGAAACAGCACAGGGAAUAUAACAUUGCUCUCUGUGAAGCAUAACAAACUUCAGAAAAUGGAAAGAAUUCUGCUGGAGUCACUUCCAAACCUGAAAGUGGUUCUCUUCAAAGAUAAUCCCUGGCAAUGCAAUUGUAAUAUCUUUGGCUUGAAACUGUGGCUGGAGAGUUUUCUAUACAGAGGAGGAAUAAGCGACGGCAUCAUCUGCUCGGCGCCAGGGAUUCGGAAGGGGAAGGAUCUCCUCAAGGUUCCCUACGAGCUCUUUGGGCCACCACCACCACCAUCACCACCACCACCAGCAGCAGCAGCACGGCCACGAGCCCCGUGGCUCGCCCAAGCACGGCCCCCACGGCGAGCUGGCGGCCGGCGCUGCGAGCCCAAGGCCAGGGCCAGGCCGGCCAGCCUGCGCCACGCCAUCGCCACCGUGGUGAUCACGGGCGUGGUGUGCGGCGUGGUGUGCCUGAUGAUGCUGGCAGCCGCCGUCUACGGCUGUGCCCACGCUGCCCUCACGGCCAAGGCCCACAGGGAACACCCGGCCCCGGGCCCGCUGCACGGCGCGGCCCAGGAGCAGCCGCCCUUGGACGGCUCCUUGCCUUGA